AUGGCUUUUCGCAGAUAUGACUUGUCGUUCGAUAUGUGGGGAUAUUCGUUGAUCCUGGUUAAUGACAUUUGUACAGCAGCAAAUGGAGUCUACAUGAAACAGAAGCUCGAGGCUAAGGAACUUGGAAAGUAUGGUCUCUUAUACUACAGCGCACUGUUCACAGUACUUCCUGUCGCCAUACUGGCCCUCGUAAAUCAAGAGUUCGAUAAGUUCCAGGUGCAAACGUACAUUUCUGAUGGGCGAAUGACCCUGGCAGUGGGAGUUUGCUUGGUGCUGUCAUUCGUCUGCGGCUUUUUGCUUAAUUAUUCGAUCGUUCUGUGUACACAUCAUAAC